CUUGUCGCCGCCGCUUCUACAACACACACUUGUCUGGACAUGUCGUUGCUGGUCUGUGCGUGGCUUGUGCUCGCAGUGGCUUUGCUUCCAGGCGUGGUGGAGGCGGCUUGCCCGCCUGCAAUUACUAUUACGCAGCCGUCUGACUUUUCCUACAUCACCUCGCUCUGCUCUGACAACGCCAACAUACUUCGGAUCCGGUGUCCGACGUGUACAGACUUGAGUGGUCUCCCUAACCCGUUCUCGGCGACGGAUAUUGAGGUCGACUGCGAGGGCGUCAGCAACCUUACUUCGCUGGCCGGACUGGAGCGUGCCACCGGCGGUCCGUACUACACCUCCAUCGCCAGCUGUCCAGGAAUCACUGACCUGUCUCCGCUGGCGGGCAUGUUUGUUUGGGAAUUGGUUUUGAGCGAUUUGCCAAGUGUGACGACUUUGAGCGGACUGGAGACAAUGUCGUGGGAUUAUCCAGCCUACUUUAGCGCUUCUUUUCUGCCUAAGCUCGAAGAUGUCUCUGCCUUGCGCUUCGAUCUUCUCACCGACAUUGACGAAAUUUACUUUCAGGACCUGCCCAUGCUUACUGAGGCAGACUUGGUGUACUUGAACAAUGCAAGUGCCACAGCUAUUGAGAUCGUGCGCCUGAUCGGAGCUCCGGACUUUCGCUUCGAUCCGCCUCGCCCCUUUAGUGUUUCUCCCGGCGCCGACAUGUGCAGUUACGAUGGACAGCCUCCUCAGGCAUUUCUGGAUUUGUACGGAGCUGUGUCAAUCUCUGGCUUGCCCAUCACACGCAACUAUUGCCCACUAGUCUCGGUCGCCACCAAUGGCAAAAACCUGCAUGGCAAGAACUUUGGAGUGCUGGGCGCGAUCUCGUUUCGGGUCAACGAAGCGACACCUUUGGCUGAAGACGGCGCGCGGAUCGACAUCGAGUUCCCCGACGGAUUCACAUUUGACAGCAGCACUUUCGCUCUCGGACUUCCGGACAACAGCAUUGUGACUGCUGGCCCGAUUGUUUCCGCGGGCAUUCCACGGGAUAUGCCUGCACUGCCGCUCCCACAGCCACAGUCUGUGACACGCACAGGGUCUGUUGUGUCCAUCACGUUUUCGUCGUCCGCCGGCGGAUUCCCUGAUCUUUACGAGCGGUACGGUUUCUCACUCGAAGGUGUGACCCUGCCGCUCGAGCCUGGAAGAUACGAGUUGAAGUUCAAGUUCUUCAACAGCUCGUCAUCGAGCGGAGUUUCGCCCAGUUUCAGACCGGAUACUGUUGAUAGCGCCGCUGUCAAGAUCGACCCGCUCAACCCUCCCAGGGUUGACAAAAUCAACGGCAAACCUGCGUACAACGGUGCGUUUGCCGGCGGCGAGCGGAUCACCAUCACCGGUACCGACUUUGGCGUCUCGCAGGCCGACGUGGCCAACGUGACGAUUAAUGCUAUGCUCUGCAGCGAUGUGAACUGGAUUAGCUCAACGAUGCUCUCAUGCAUUGCACCGGCUGCGUCGAGCAUGGCUGACAUCGGUGUCGCAAUGGUUUUGAGGUCUUUACCCACUCGUCGGGCAUCGCGCCGCCAUUACCAUCCGGCGUCAGCUUCCAGUACAACUACCCGGCGGCGCACGUGACGGCCAUCAACGGCCAGUCGGCCAAUUUUGCGCUCGACUUUGACGGCGGUCAGGCGCUGACACUUACCGGCACCGACUUUGGUCUCAACCCGAGCGAUCUCGAGUCGAUUACUAUCGGGUCGAUGGUCUGCGAUAAGACGUAUGUGUCGUCGAGUUUGGUUACUUGCCUCACCACCUCGUUCACUCCUGCCGACUACUCUGCUGCACAGGCCGGGUCUCUCGAGGUUAACGUGCGGACCACGUCAUCCGGUGCUGACGGCACGAUGGCUGCGCCUCUUGCGCUUGCCUUGGUAACCAGGACGCCGACGGUGUCGCAGAUCAACGGCGCUGUGUCGGCGACGGGCUCGAUUCUCGGCGGUGAGUCGGUGACGCUGACCGGGACAGACCUUGGCUUUGGGCAGAGCGACGUGCUCGGCGUGUGGCUCGCACACCAGGCGUGCGCGUCGGCGGCAUGGGUCUCGUCGACCGAGGUGGUGUGCGUGACGCCUGCGGUGCCCGACGCGGUCCGCGGGCCGGCGGUGGUUCAGACCGCGUCGUCAGGUGGCGUCAACUCGACGUCGCCAUCAGUGGUAGAGUUUUUCUUCCGGCGCGAGGCGCAGUCACUGGAGGAGUCGAUCUCGUUUGCAGUUGGCGCGGCGUCGUCGCUUGCGCUCGCGUUCUACUGGCUCAUCGCGCUGGUUGCUGCCGUCGCUGCUUUUUCGCUCUACAAACGGUCCAAGAACAAGAAGAAGGCGCUCGAGUGGUCGCGGUUCCGGCAGGUUUCAUUCCUGGAAAAGCUCUUUACUGACCACUCUGUCCUGGGCAUUGCCUACUACGACGAGUCGCACCCGUUUACCCGCUUCUCGCGCAUCAUCACGCUUGUCCUGGAAGUGCUCGUCAACUUUCUCUCGGUCUUCCUAGUCACGGUCGUCGCGCCUGCAGUGUACGAGGACUCUGAGGCGUCGCGGCAGUUGCGCCGCGAGACCAACACGUCUGGCGACUGGCUGCUCUCACUCGCCAUGGGCACUACGCUCUCCAUCCUGGUCGGCAAGCCGCUACUGCAGCAUGUGCUGGAGACGUCGUCAAGCAACAUUGCAUCGGGCUCGCGCUGGUCGCACCGCGCCAUUGCCCAGGUUGCGGCCUCGUUCAUCGACCUGGUCCUCCUUGCCAUCAACAUCAUUCUUUGUAUCGAUCCUGGGCUGCUUCUCACGUCGCACCUUACGGUGGCGAUUGACACCUCGAACCUACUUGUUCGCUUUGUGGCGAACAUGUUGCUCUCGUGGGUCAUCACCGAGCCGCUCCUUGUCCUCCUCAAGAUGAAGGUCUGGCUGGACACAGUCAUCCGCACCAACAAGUACACCGUGUCCGAGCCCGACGCCAAGGCUUCGAACGUCGUCAAGAUGACCGCCUUCUUUACCGACCGUGCCGACUCUGACGAGUCGGACGGCCACGGUGUUGUCUCGGUUCCGCUGGCGACAGCAGCAGUAGCAGCCGACGGCUCGUCGUCGGCCCUUAAUGACCGCGAGAGGUCGUCCAAGCUUGGCAGUUUGUCGUCGUCGUCGUCUCUGGCUGGCUCUGGCUCGGGCAGCAGCCGUCGGCCGAUGCAGCCGCCUGGCGCGGCAUCACCGGCGUCGCGGGCUAUGUCCAGGUCGCACCACAAGCAGCGCAUGUCGUCGUCGCUCUCGUCUGAGGUUGUUGUCAUUGCCGACGACGCAACCAUCGGCGGCAGCGCGGCACCGACGCCGACGCGGACACGGAGCAAGCGGACGCGCCGGUCACGAUCGUCCGACAACCGCGGCGGCGACCGCUCGACCUCGCGGAAGGCCGCUGGCGGUCUACUCGACGCCCUGCCCGAGGUUGGCACCCGCCCGCUGCAGCGCAGCCGGUCCGGAAGCAAGGCCGAAGGGCUCAGAACUGCUGCGCUCAACGACUCACCGCUGCUCGCAGUCCAAGACUCGACUCCGAUCUCGAUCGAUGCUGUCGACAUUGCCGAUGCCCAGGCGGUACGCUCGCCGGUCUCACGCACUAAGGCUGCCAUGGCUCGCACCAACUCGCUGCCGUACAACUCGUCGUCGCGGACAAGAGCAGGACGGCUGGGAGGCGCUCCGUCCCGGCGCGCGUCGGACCGCGACAUCGGCCGUCGGCGCCGGACGACCUCUGGCAACCAGGAUGGCACCGCCGUGGCUGCGGCGCGCUCGCCUCUGACGCGCACCAAUUCACGUCAGACCGACGCCAUGCGCUCGCCACCGCGGCUCUCCAACGUCGACGACAUGUCGACCACCGCAGCAUCGCAGACCCAGUCGCCGUCGCGGCGCGGGUCAAGCCUCUCGUCGUCGGUCCCGGUUGGCGCGACCAGCUCGGUCUCGCCGGCUCGCACUGGCUCGAGUCGCGCACUCCGGGGCUCGCCGUCGCGGCGGGCUACCGCCAUCCCAGGCUCGGCGUCCAAGCCGGCCAUGUCGGUCAGCCGCCGCGACUCGCUCCGACCGUCAGCGUCGCAGCGGCGCGGCUCGUCGCCGCUGCUCCAGUCGCCUGCCGAGACACAGACAUGAGCCUCACUUUCCAUCGUAACACAAUUCUUUUACGCCUCAACCUUACUACGGCUCGGCUUCCACAUGUUGCAAAAUGGCCUUGGCGGCUUCGUGGAGCUCGACAACAUGGCGGACGUCGUGCGCACCGCCAGUGUCGGCACGGGUCACCAGCUUGCAGUAGCGUACCAUCCGGCCGAGAUGGCCCGAGUCGGUAAGCAGCUGGCCAAGUUCGGCCUGCGGCGCGUCCAGCAUGAGGAGGAAGAGCUUGAGGACCGAGGCCUCCACAAGGGUGGUGCCCGAUGUCUCCAGCCGGGUCAGCUCAGCUUCGAUGACCUUGUGCUUCCGCAGGAGGGCGACGAGCUGCUGGAACAUGAGCGGGACUGCCGAGGCCGAGGCGACCACAGUGCGAAUAAGACUGAUGGCCUCAGCACGGAACGGCAGUGUCCAGUUGAACCGCUCAAACGAGGUGCCCGCCACCAGCGCGCCCGAGAGCUGGAAGCAUGAGACAUUACCGAGGAGGCCAGUGAGGAUAAAGGUCAUGAUGCCCGA